AUGGCGGACCGUCGGAAGCUCCAGGCGGAGAUCGAUCGGACGCUGAAGAAGAUCGAGGAGGGCGUCGAGGUGUUCGAUCGCAUCUUCGACAAGGUCACCGAGGCGGAGAAUCAGUCGCUCAAGGAGAAGCACGAGGCGCGUCCUCCUUCGCGCGCGCUCCUUCGCUCGGCGGAGCUCAAGAAGGAGAUCAAGAAGCUGCAGCGGUUCCGCGACCAGGUGAAGCAAUGGGCGGGCUCUAACGACGUCAAGGACAAAAAUCCGCUCCUCGAAGCGAGGCGCACCAUCGAGCGAGAGAUGGAGAGGUUUAAAGUCGUCGAGAAGGAGACGAAGACGAAGGCGUUCAGCAAGGAGGGCCUCGCGCGCGCGGCGUCGUCGAAGGACCCGAAAGAGAAGGCUCGCGAAGACGCGAGGGACUGGCUGAACCGCGCCACGGACGGGCUGAACGAGCAGAUGGAGGCGUUCGAGGCGGAGGUGGAGACCAUCUCGUCCGAGAAGAAGGGCAAGAAGUCGGCGAAAUCGAACCCGCGGUUGGGGCAUCUCGAGGAGAGCAUUCAGAGGCACCUGCAGCACGUCGCGCGUCUGGAGCUCGUGCUGAGGCUCAUCGACAACGAGGCGCUCGCGCCCGAGGACGCGGAGGAUCUGAAGGAUCUGAUCGAAGAUUACCUCGAGAGGAACCAAGACGACUUCGACGAGUUCGCGGACCCGGAGGAGAUGUACGAGGACUUGAACCUGGACGAGCUCGACGAGAUCAAGCAGAUGGCGCACGAGGUGGCGCACAGCGCGCCGACGGUCGUGGAGAAGGUGAUCGAGAAGGUGGAGGCUGCGGAGUCGAAGAAGGAAGGAGGGGACGCGGGCGGCGGCGGGGGCGGCGGGGGGGAUUCAAACGCGAACGCGACCGCCGCCGCCGCCGCGAGCGCGAAGACGGCGGCGAAACCGCCGAAAACGCCGGAGAAGACGCUCCCGACGCCGGUGCUCGGCGGGGAUAAGAAGCUCCCCGCGCCGUUGGGGUUAUCCACCGCGGGACCCCAAUCGCAGGGCGGCGGCGGCGAGGGCGGCGCGGUGAAGGUGCUCCCAGGACCG